AUGUUUCCUCGCGUCGCCCCCGUCGUGUUCGCCCGCGCGUUCGCCCUGUGCGUCCUCGCGGGCGCGCCGUUGUUCCGAACCCACGCGCACGUCGACGCGUUCGUCCCCGUCGACGGCGUCGCGGCGUUGGUGUCCAUGUACCGCAUGGGAGAAUUCACUCGCCUGAGCGACGGCGCGGCGCGCGCGCUGACGAUUCUCUACGCCCCGGCGCGGUUGGUGCGCGCGGUGCUCCCGGGAACGACGGGAGAUUUGUUCGUGGACGUCUCGGCGCGAGCGAUGCGAAAGGCGGCGCAGAUGCACGAGGCGGCGGGGAACUCGCAGACGAUCGAUUUGAGCUUUGGAUGCGCCCUGGCGACGGUGGGCGCGGUGAAACAGCUCGUGUUGGGUGACAUCGGACCGUUCGGAUUGCUCGCGGCGAUCGUUGUCGUGUACUCGACCGUCAUGGCCGAAGCGGGGGGGUGCGUGUGGGAGACGGCGCACGUCGUCGGAACGUCGGUUUUCGUCGCGAGCGGGUUGUUGAGCUCUCGCGUCGUCAACAAAACGCCCGCGCGAGAGAGAGUGAAGAGCGAUUGA